CCGCCCAAUCCAAUCUUUGUUGUUUCUCUUCUUCCCACGCUGUCAUAACCUCCCAUGGUCUAAUUUAAUGUCCAAAUAAGCCAGCUUAUGUGUGUCAUGCCUUUAUAUAUAAAGGAACAAUUCCAAUCCUUUGUGAUUAAUUAGCAGAACAUCAUAUUCAUUCAUUGCAUGUCCCUAAUGCUAAUGGAGUUUCUAAGUAGUCAGAUCUUUUUUUGUGUGCUUCUUUUUACAACAUUUAUGAACCCCCCUGCUGUAGUAUUUUCCAAUCCUACCAAAGCUUGCGAUUUUCCUGCCAUUUUUAACUUCGGUGACUCAAACUCGGAUACCGGAGGCCUGGCUGCGGCUUUUCUACAGCCAGGACCACCACAUGGAGAUACAUAUUUUGGAAGACCUGCUGGAAGAUUCUCUGAUGGCCGAGUCAUCCUUGAUUUCAUAGCACAAAAUUUUAGUCUUCCAUAUCUCAGUGCGUAUCUUAACUCUUUGGGUGCCAACUACUCUUACGGUGCGAGCUUUGCAACAUUAGCAUCAACAAUUAGACUCCCGACAAGUGUUAUGCCUAAUGGUAGAUCUAGUCCUUUCUUCCUUGAACUUCAGUACGUUCAAUUCCAACAGUUCAAAUCCAGAUCACAAUUCAUAAGAGAACAAGGUGGCUUGUUUGCAACAUUGAUGCCCAAAGAAGAAUAUUUUUCUAGAGCUUUAUACACAGUUGAUAUUGGCCAAAAUGAUAUUACUGUUGGUUUUUAUGACGACAACAUAACUAUGCAAGAUGUCCAUCAUUCUGUACCGGAUAUAAUCAAGACUUUGGUAGAGAAUGUCAAGCUCCUAUAUGAUUUGGGGGCUAGAUCAUUUUGGAUACACAACACAGGACCAAUUGGAUGUCUCCCUGAUAUAUUGACAAGAUUUCCUAAAGCUGAAAGAGAUCGUUAUGGUUGUGCAACACAAUAUAAUGAAGUAGCAGAAUAUUUCAACCAAAAUUUGAAGGAAGCAUUAGCGCAACUCCGCGGAAAGCUUCCUCUCGCUGCAAUUACAUAUGUAGAUAUCUACUCUCCUAAGUUAGAUCUUUUUCGCAAUCCUGAGAAAUACGGAUUUGAGCUUCCACUAAUCAAUUGUUGUGGCUAUGGAGGGAAAUACAAUUAUUCCCCAGGAGGAUGUGGUGGGAAAACAAAAAACGAAGCUGGUAAAGAAAUUUUUGUGGGCUCAUGUGAAAGACCAUCUACUAAAGUGAUAUGGGAUGGGACACAUUAUACAGAGGCUGCUAAUAAGGUCGUCUUUGAUCUUAUAUCUACCGGAAAUUUCUCGGACCCACCCAUUCCCUUGAAUAUGUCAUGCAACAGAAAUUACAUAAAAUAACAUUUCGGUGCUUGUUAUUCUACUAGUAAUGAAAAUAAAGUGUAUCCUUUAUGGCUUUAUGCGAUUUUCUAAUAUUCUAUAUGAAACAAUAAUAUAGUAUCCAUUUCUCCUUUGGUUAGAAAUGUACAUCUUGUUUGUCGGGUACAUAAAAUGUAGUUUGGUACUAUACUUUCCUAUAAAUGGU